AAUAUAGAAACGCAGUCCCCUGAUUUUUGCAGCUAUGGCUCUAGUCUACCAGAAACAAUGCAAAAUUGCAAACUAGCCACCUACGCAGCAUCGCUUCAGACUGGCGAAAUUGACGUACGUGAACCAACCCAAUUCCUUCGUCUCAGAAAUGUGUCGUCACACAGCCCGAACAGCAACAACAAACAUGGAGGAAUAUGCCCGUGAACCUUGGUAAAGUACAUUUCAGAUUAGGCUGAGAAUUAAGUAAACCGUUUUCAAUAUUGGUCCGAUCUCUCUUUAGCCAACAUACAUGGUUAACGAGUAUGCUUCACCAUAUGGUUAUGCCUUUCAUGCCUGAGUCAUUACAAAAAUGAUGGUUGAAUUAGCUAGCAGUAACCUUAAGAGAAAUAUGGUGCUUACUUGUCCUUUUUAUUUUUUAUUUAACCUUUAUUUAACUCCUUGCUUUAAAUGAGAAUUGAAAUCGAGAACCAACUUCUCUCGUUAAACGACAUAUAACGUUUAUUCCAGUGCCCAAAAUGAACAAAGUUCCCUGGAGAAUAGUAGAUGAUUGUGGUGGUGCAUUCACCAUGGGGGCCAUCGGCGGAGGUGUAUUCCAGUCAAUCAAGGGCUUUCGGAACGCUCCUGUGGGCUUUCAGCACAGACUAAAAGGUAGUGCCAAUGCUGUGAGAAUAAGAGCUCCACAGAUCGGAGGUAGCUUUGCUGUGUGGGGUGGACUUUUCUCAACGAUCGACUGUGGUCUGGUCCAUAUUCGAGGGAAAGAGGAUCCCUGGAACUCUAUAACUAGUGGAGCGAUGACUGGGGCAGUCCUGGCUGCACGCAGUGGGCCCUUGGCUAUGAUGGGGUCAGCUAUGAUGGGGGGCAUCCUACUGGCCCUGAUCGAGGGCUUUGGGAUCCUUCUGACCAGAUACACAGCACAGCAGUUUCAGAACCCAAGUCCCUUUGUGUAUGACCCCAGCCAGCUUCCUCCGAAGGAUGCCAGCCAACAACAGACUGGGUUCCAGUAGAGCCCAACUUGGUCUGGAGCUAAUGAGCCUAGCUACAGCCCUGCAUACUGUGACGGUCUCUGACUAGAGAGGAGAGAGGCGCUCUGUCACCUGACCACACAGCUGUCAGCAACCUCAGGGGAAUGGAAAUAUCUAACCUAAGCCCCCAUCCUCAAUGGCAAUAAGAAUGUAGAUGCACUUUAGUGUUAUUCCUCAGGGCUAGAUUGCAGUUGAUUUGAGUUAUUUAUGAAUAUAUGUUUGUGUAUACCGGUACACCAGUGUUCCUUCUGACUAGUCCUGAAUAAUACACACUUUUAUCAGAUUUAUUUGUGCCCAAACCCGUCAUUUCAUGGUGACUGUAAGAAUGUUGGUGCUUUACCACAGCUACAGAAAUAGAAUGGGUAGCUGAAAAUGUAUUGGUAAUUAAUACAUGCAUACAAGUAUGGGAUGCCUAGAUUUAGGAUUAGAAAUUCCCUCAAUCUUAUCAGAAGUGUGUCAGGUAAUCAAUGUCGUUCAAAACGGAUGUAUUUUCUCUUGCUUGUAAAAAUGCAAUGCACUGAGGGAGGAGAACUGCACUAUCAUUUAAUUUCCUCUCCUCUCCUCUUUUAUAAUUGUAUGGCUUAUAAGGGUCUAAAUCACAUCACAAACGCACCAAUGAUUUGUUUCCAUUUGUAGCCGGAAAGCCGGAAAGGAAUGUCAUGACCAAAUACAGUCACAGCUCAUUUGUUCUGCUGUUUCUGUCAUUACCUUCAUUGGAUGCCUGCCAUUAUGCCAUGCAUUACUAGACAUUCCCGCUAUCUAAGCACUAUAAGGUCUAUCCACUUUUAUGAACCAAAGCACUUUCUUACUCAUUCUCUCUGUGUUAUUGUGUUGAGAAAAAUUAGAUGGUUUUGUGACAAAAUGAAGAUAUGUUUUGUAAUGUAUAGAAUGCUGUACAAUAGUUGUUGGUUUUAAUGUAUUUAUGAGGCAGAAAAAUAAAUGUUUAAAGUGUAA